UCUUCCCAUCUCCGACGUUGUAUGUAAGCCUCUCCACUGAGAUGUUUGUUCACUUUGGCAUUUCUAUGUCUCCCUGUCUGUCCAUCGGCAAAUACACAGCAGAUCAAUCACAGACUUUUUUUUAAAUGUUUGGAAGAAAAAUGAGCAGACCUGUGAUCAUAUUAGUCAACAGGACACCAGCCAGUGCCUUUAAAUCUCCAUGGCAGACACGUGAGUCAUCAGGUGCAUUCCCUGCAACAGCUAAUGAGAUUCCCCACCUUAAAUCCUUUAAUCUGUAUUGAAGAGCAGGGGGGAGGCGAGUCUGAAGUGGUGGAAGUAGAGCGCGAAACCAGAAACAAAUUCUGUUCUUCUUUUUCAACCUGGAUGCACAGGUGCAGAAAAUCAUCUGGAGUUUUUCUUUUUUACUUCUGUGGAUGACUUUUGUUUGGCACAAGGCUUUGUGGGUGCUCCAAGGGGGGUGGGGAAGGUUAGUUGGCUGCAUUUUUCACCAAGAUUUGGGGCCAGUGGUCCAGCUGUCAUCAUCUGCAUGGGUCUGGAACAGAGCAAAUGUGCGAGGUGAUGCAUGUGUGAAGGAGAAAGCCAUUACAUUUCCACCCACCAGCUGCCAAAAAAGUAGAGGUGUGGUUGUUUUCUCGUUCUCCACAAUCUGCUUUUUGCCAUGGAGUCUGUGGUAAAAAAGUCGCUGAGGGCGCCCAUCAGGAAGCUGACCGGCUGCGUGACAGGAGCGAAGGACCGCAGGUUGUGUCCUAAACACAGGAGGAGACAGAGCAGAGGUGGCGGUGGCCGGGGAGGAUCUAACAGGUUGGGGAAGACCCCUCCAUUCUACUCUGCAAAACCCAGAGAUCCCUCAAGCGUUCGCUCCUACCAAGCAGAUCUGGACAAAGAGAGAAAACUGCGGGAGACAAUGAUCGCCCAGAAGAAUGCCGAAAGAGCAGCCAUGAGAUCUCACUUCAGGAGGAAAUAUCAGCUGUCAGAGGACCCCCAGGAUAGAGACCAGCUGAGGUCUGCUGGUGGGAAAGUGUCGCUCCCCAAAGAGCUCUCGAAGAUGAUUCAUCCUGAAACCAAAACCAAGGACGAAGGCUUCAACCUUCUGAGCGCCUUCCAAGGCCUCAGCUUCAGCACUGCAGCGCUCACACAGAGCAAACACGGCAAAAGCCCAACGCCAACAAACGGGGAGUCUUGCAGAAUCAUGUGAUCCACGCCACAUGUCCUGAACAUGAAAAAUGUUUGCUGAUUCUACUGGUCACCAGGAACAUUUAUGUUUUCCUAUUAUGUGUUCUCAGCCUUUUGAGGUUAUGUUGUUCUUAACGUACUGUCCUUUUUUAAAUCUAAAUAUAUUUUUAGGUCUGGGGUGUUGUGAUUAAAGUCUUGGUCUUACAGCCUAAAUUCAUUUUUACUCAGCCCCCCUCAGCUAAAAAAAUUGUCAGACAUGACAAAAUAGGAAAUAACGAGUUUCACACACAGAAGGAAAAAAAAUCUAUAAAUCAAAUAAAAUCUUGUCAGAUUACUAUUUUCACCGAAAGUGAAAAAUCAGACUUACACUUUUCAAAUUGGUGCUGAAAAGAACAGGAAGUCCUACCAAUGAUGUUGGAGUUCUCCCUUUUAGUAAUUUUUCUCUGUGGUGAAAAACAAUAUUUUUGGAUCUUACAUAUGCAAGUUAAGAUUUAUUUUAGACAUAGGAAGAUGUGCAUGAAUUAAGUCCUUUGGCAGUUAGGCUUUGGGCCAAUGACACCUGUUUGGGACAUGAGCUCAAACCAUAGACAAACAAACCCAAGAACCUAUAGUCAAUGAUGGUGGUGAAGGGCCAGAUCUUGCCAAAGCAUCACUUCAGGUGGAGAACUGGGUGGAGGACGGCAGUCAAAACCAUCUAGAAUGCAGAAAGACAACCAUCAUGGGAUGUCAGGAUGACAAUAUAACUGUGAUUGGCUGAGGAGAGGUAGAAAUUCAGCAAUUGAUUUAAAGUGAAUUGAUUGAUUGAUGAUGCCGUAUACAAAGAAGUAACUGGAAGUGAGGUAGAUCUUCUUUAUUAAAAUUCUGCCAAAGCUUCACAGUAUUGUUGUCCUAGUAAUUUCAACACACGUCAGUGCAGUUCUUUUUUUCAGCUACUUUUUGUUAAAUUGUAUUGAACUUCUUCUCAUUUGUCCUUUAAUAAUUUUCAGUUCUGUGUUUAUCAUGGUGUUGUGUGAAGUCUUAAUAUCUUUGACACAAGUUCUGCUGAUUCUCCAACACAUGAAAUGUAGGAUGACCAUGUCCUAUAAUAACGUUUUAAUGCAAUCUUUUAUUUUGUAAUGGUUUCAUAUUUCUUUCACUGCACAACUUAUUUCCAGAUCAGCCAAAGCCACAGCUGUCCUCCUUUAAAACAUCUGCGGAAUCCGGUUUUUAGGAGUUUUUCCUUACCGCGAAGGGGGGUCUAAGGGCAGGAAUGCCAGUAUGGCUUAGUCAGUUUGUUAGUUCAUUUUAGUAUUUUCCUAUUGAACUUUUUGUAUUCAUGAUCAUUUUGAGUUCAUGUUUUACUUUGAAGCCCAUCGAGACGACUGUUGUGAUUUUGGGCUAUACAAAUAAAAUUGAAUUGAAUUGAAUUGAACAGUCUAGCCGUUGUUGCUCUUUGUAUUGAAUGGAUCCAACUGAGUGACCUGUGCACACGUAAGGAAUUUCAGGGUCGCAUGUUCCUUUUUUGAACAUCAAAACUCAAGUGAAUCAAGUGCUCAUUUGAUUCAUUUGAAUACAUCAACCUGGGUUGUAAGUUAGCCAAAUUUGGCAUUGAUAGAUCUGAACAUGCUGUGCAUUUUGCAGGUUUGUUGAUGUUGGUUUCAUAAACGCUUGGCUGAAGGUUUUUACAGUUUCUUUUACACUGUAUAAAUAAUCAAUUUAAAUAAUUAUUUGUUGGUUAAAAACUCGUUGAUUUAAGUGUCAGUGAA